CGUUACUUUAUGACAUUGAUGGAUUUGUAUUUUAGUUAUUAUUUUUAUCGCAAUUUAUUUCAUUAAGUCUUUUAUUAAAUUAAAUCUUAACUUAUCGAAUAGAUAAAUUAUCAUGUAAUAAAUUUAAUUUCGUUUAUAUACCAUGGAUACUGAAAGAGCAGAGAAUUGCAUUAAACCUAUUAAUGUAGACACGAUACAUAGGAUAUGUUCAGGACAAGUUGUACUCAGUCUAGCAGUUGCAGUUAAAGAAUUGGUUGAAAAUUCUCUAGACGCUGGAGCUACGAACAUAGAUGUAAAAUUAAAAAAUUAUGGCAUUGAUUUAAUAGAAGUUUCAGAUAAUGGAACUGGAGUUACGGAAGAUAAUUUUACUGCCUUAACUUUGAAAUACCAUACAUCUAAACUUAGUGAUUACUCAGACCUGCUGGGUGUAACAAGUUUUGGGUUCAGAGGUGAAGCAUUAAGUUCUCUCUGUGCAUUAGCAAACCUUACAAUUACUACAAGACACAAAAGUUGUGAUUAUGCUAUGAAAAUAGAAUAUGACCAUAAAGGCAAUAUAAUAAAAAAGACACCAUGCUCCCGCCAAAUAGGAACAACAGUCAGUUUAUCAAAUCUUUUCAUAUCACUACCUGUUCGCCAAAAGGAAUUUCAUAAGAAUGCAAAGAGGGAGUUCAAUAAGAUGACCCAUCUACUUUAUGCAUAUUGUUUAAUAUCUCUAGGUGUCAAAAUAACUUGCAGUAACCAAACAAGUGCCAAUUCAAAAUCAUUAGUUGUAGCUACUCAAGGAUCAUCAUCAUAUAAAGAUAACAUUGCUUGUAUAUUUGGUUUAAAACAACUACAAAAUAUUUUGGAAAUCAAACCAGAAUACACUACAAAUAUUAAAGAUAAUAUAUUUAAGGGAUUAUCUGGUGAAGUACAAUCUUCUGAUGAAAGUGUUAACAUAGAAGAUGUGGAAAUAAAUUUAUCUGAAGAUUCUAAUGAUGCAGACAAUUCUCAACAAAAUAAUUCACAAGAAAGUAUAACUAGUUCACAAAAAUCAUUAGGAUAUAAAAAUAUAGUAAAUCCUGUAGAAUUCACUGGGUACAUAUCAUCAUGUGCACAUGGAAGUGGUCGAUCAAGCACUGAUAGACAGUUUUUCUAUGUUAACUCUAGGCCUUGUGAACCAAUCAAAAUAAUGAAGUUAGUUAAUGAAAUAUACAAGCAGUACAAUUCUAAUCAGUACCCAUUUGUAUUUUUAAAUGUAAACACAGAAAGAACUUCUAUAGAUAUAAAUGUUACACCAGACAAAAGAAAAAUAUUUCUCAUAAAAGAAAAGAUUAUACUGGAUACAUUAAAAAAUUCUUUGUUAAAAUUAUUUGAAAGUAUUCCAAGAACUUUAAAAGUAGAACCACUGAAUAAUUUUAUUACUGCAGGUUCGAAUGAUGUAAAACCUGAUGUAAGUCAACCUAGAAUUUUUAACUCCUUUUUGCAACAAUUCAAUAAUAAAACUAAAAAUACUUGUGAAAUACAAAAUUCAAAUAGUAAUCAAGAAUUAAAAAGAAAAUCCACAUCUAUAUUAGAAUUUGUGUCAUCAAAAACAAUGAAGAAAGACAUUGAGGAUAUAAAUGAUAACAUCAAACCUGAUGAAAAUAAUUGUGAAGAAGAUAAUUCAGUAGAUUAUGCAAUAAACCAUUCAGAUGGAAUUGAAAAUAACUGUGUUAAUGAUUCAGCAACUUCAGUAGAUUAUAUUGCAGCAGAAAACAAUAAGGAUACAUCACAAAAAUUCAAGAUGUGUAUUUCUCUAAAAGAAGAUAACACUAAUUGUAAAAAUAACACUGAAAAUAUAAUUUAUUUGGAAAGCACAGACAGCUUACCAAAUACCCAAAUUAAGAAUUUAAAUGACAUUAUUAUAGAAAAAGAACAUACUAUAAAAUGCAAGACACCUAAAAUAACAGGAAAAUCUAGUUCAAUAGAAAAGAUAAAUAAAAAAACAAAAAUAGUUACUGAUAAGGAAGAUUUGGGAAAUUACAAUAGGAGAUCAAUUAAUAUGAAAACAUCUUUAGAAGAAGUUAAAGCAUUAACCAAUAUUUAUAAUAGUUUUAAUGUUGUGAAAUCAAUACCUGAAAAAAUUAAGUUUAAAAGUGAAAUUAAUCCAGUCCACAACAAAAGAUGUGAAGAAGAAUUGAGUAGAGAAAUAUCAAAAGACUCAUUUAAAGAAAUGAAUAUUGUAGGGCAAUUUAAUUUAGGAUUUAUAAUAACAAAAUUAGGUGAUGACCUUUUUAUUAUCGAUCAACAUGCAACUGACGAAAUAUAUAAUUUUGAAACGUUACAAAAAAAUACAGAGCUUACAAACCAAAAACUUGUAAUUCCACAGCAAUUAGAACUUACAGGCGUAAAUGAGCAAAUAUUAAUGGAUAACUUGGCGGUUUUUAAAAAAAAUGGUUACACAUUUGAAAUUAAUGAAAACGCGCUACCAACAAAAAGAGUUAAACUACUGACUAUACCUAUGUUUAAAAACUGGAUUUUUGGGAAAGAAGACAUUGAAGAACUUUUAUUUAUGUUGAGGGAAUCACCAUCAGAAUACUGUAGGCCUAGUAGAGUCAGAGCAAUGUUUGCAUCUCGUGCAUGCCGAAAAUCUGUUAUGAUUGGAACAGCACUGAGCAAAUCUGAUAUGAAGAAGCUUGUAGAUCACAUGGCAGAAAUAGAAAAACCAUGGAAUUGCCCACAUGGAAGGCCUACAAUAAGACAUUUGGUUAAUCUUGCCAUGAUACAUAUGGAUAGUGGUACAAAUUUUAAUGAGUAAUCAAUACUUUUUAUACUAGAACACUUUUUAAAUACGGAUAAUUAAAUCAUGGAUAAGGUUUAAUUAAAAGAUGCUGUGUUUAA